AUGACUAUCUAUACAAAAGUAAGUUUAAAUUUCCGAAAAAUUUCUGUAAAAUCACUAAUACCAUUUAAUUUAUUGUUAUCAGUUGUUCUAAUUGGUGAUUCGGGAGUGGGAAAAUCUAAUUUACUUUCAAGAGAUGAGUUUAAUUUAGAAUCAAAAUCCACAAUUGGCGUGGAAUUUGCUACAAAAAGCAUAAUUACUGAAGGAAAAGUUAUUAAGGCUCAAAUAUGGGAUACAGCUGGGCAAGAAAGAUACAGAGCAAUAACAUCUGCAUACUAUAGAGGAGCAGUAGGGGCAUUACUAGUCUAUGAUAUUUCAAAAAGAUCAUCUUUCGAGAAUGUUGAAAGGUGGCUUAAGGAAUUAAGAGAUCAUGCUGAUCCUAACAUUGUUGUUUUACUCGUUGGUAACAAAUCAGAUCUAAGGAAUCUUAGAACAGUAACUCAAGAAGAAGCCUGUGCUUUUUCAGAAAGAGAAGGUAUGGCAUGUAUGGAGGCCUCCGCCCUAAACUCAUCAAAUGUAGAUGAAGCAUUUCACCGUAUUCUAUCUGAAAUUUAUACAUUAAGGAGCGAAAGACAGCUCACUGCAAACCAACAUGACUUGAACAGAGCAACCCUUCCUUUAGGUACCCAAGGAGUACGUGUAGACCCAAUAAAAGUUGAUCUGAACUCUAAAGGAAGCAAAAAAAGAUCCUGCUGCUAG